AUGGAAGUGUUGGUUGAAACCCUUACAGGGACGGCUUUCGAAAUGACAGUGUCGCCGUCCGACACAAUAUUUGCUAUAAAAUCGAAGAUAUUCAGAGUAGAAGGCAUCCCUGUAUCACAACAGCACCUUGUGUACAACUUGCGUGAAUUGGCCGAUGGUGCUUCUUUACGAGACCAUGGAGUUUCUGCCGGCGCAAGACUUCGUCUCGUGUUGGCUCUGCGAGGCGGCCCCGUCGCCACUCGUCGGCCUCCGCCCCCGGAAAGGCCACCUCCUGAUAGGGAGGAGUUGGAGUGGGGUGAGAGUGUUGGUGGGGGAGGGGUGGCGGGGGGCAGCGGGUGCAAGGUGACGGUACUGGUGUUCCGCGACGGCGAGCGUCUCAAUAUGCUGCGCGUGCGCGAGAAUCGAGACGGCACCUAUUCACCACUGGACCACGCCAAGUACUCGUCGUCCAUGUCGCAGCUGGCGGAGCGCUCAACAGAGCGUUGGGCGGGCGGGACUAGUAAUGGGGCGAGCGGGCUGCAGGAGAACGCGGUGACUAUGGGCAAGAUGCUGGAGCUGCGCCGCCGCAUGCAUUCGCUCUCGCUGCACCGCCGCCACGCGCCCCGCCCAGGUGACAAACCGGAAAUACAGAAGACAAGAAGUGAAGAAACCCUAUCCGUCCCUAGUUUGCUAGAUGACUCUGCAGCCGAGGCGUUUUCGACUCGAACCUACACCCCGUUCGGUGAGGCCGAGGACACAUUCGCACCACUCUACGAUGGCCAUUACACAAGAUACGAUUAUGACUGUUCCUUCGCUGACAGAUACACCCUGCUUCCUCCAAUUGGUACUCGGGCUGAAUCCAAUCAGUCGUUGCAAGAUAGCAUUAGAGAGAGUGAAAGUUUUAAACUUCCGGACACACUGGCUGGGUCGAUAUUAGUAAAAGGCGCGCAUUUAGAUGGGGAGGAUGAAGCGGCCAUAUUAGAGGAGUGCAUAGACAAUGGUGCAAUUGGAGAGUAUCGUAUCCCACAGGAUUCGCAACUCGCUGCUAAAAACCUUGCACCCAUUCCUCCUGCGAAGUAUGGUGGGCUGGCUCGUGCGUUCGGGUCGAGUUGCGCGCUGGGCGCCGCCGCCGCGCGCGCGCCGCCGCUCUCCGCCUCCACCUCCGACCUGCACCAACUCACGCGCACCAGCACCAGGAUACUACCAGCCCUGAGCCGGUAUCGCAACCGCGAACAUUUGCACUUGAGCGACGAGCGUUUAGAAUUGGCUCGUCCUUGUCCCGCCCGCGCCGAGAAGCUUUGCUCCGAAACUGAGCAGGCUUGCUCCGAAACGAAGCAGCCGUGCUCCGAAGCGGCCGUACAAGGUAAGGAGUCUCGGCGCGUGCGCUGCGGGUUCUGCAGGCGGAGGCUGGGCGCUGCCACGGAGCACCGCUGCCGCUGCGGCGGCGCCUACUGCGCGCCGCACCGCUACCAGGAGGUGCACGGCUGCGCCUACGACUACAAGGCGACGCACCCUCCGCGACGCUGA